AUGCUACGCCACGAUUGUGUCCGCGUGGUCCGUAGAGGUCUAUCUUCUCUGGCUACUAAGCCGUCCUGGGUCAGGCCAGGAUCGCAUGAUUACCUUCGCGAGAUACUUGAGAGCCGCGUUUACGACGUCGCUAUCCAGACUCCGCUACAACUUGCUCCAUCGCUCACUCAGUCGCUACCAGGAAAUUGUCGCCUUUAUUUGAAACGCGAGGAUAUGCAGCCAACGUUCUCAUUUAACUUGCGCGGCGCAUACAAUAAGAUCGCAAAUCUGACGCUAGCUCAGCGAAAAAGGGGAAUUGUGGCCUGUUCAGCCGGAGGCCAUCUAGACGGCGUAGCCUACGCAGCAGCUGAGUUAGGUGUUGAUGCUGUCGUUAUUGCACCGGUCGGAACGGCGCGGAAUGUCUCCCAGUACACCAAGAGCAAGAUCACGAUGGUGGAACACGGCGCUGACUUUGAUGCGUCAAUGAUCGAAAUUUAUGCGUCGCAUAAUGUGCAAAUGAAGAGUGAAGCUAUACGGAUGGCACAGACUGAAGGCCGGUCACUGGUCCACCCAUUUGACGAUCCGCUCGUGAUCGCUGGCAAUGGGACGGUAGCGAUGGAAAUUCUGAAAGAGACGGCUGGAGAUCGCCCGGCGGCAAUUUUUGCCCCUGUUGGCGGAGGUGGAUUGAUUGCGGGUCUUGCUGCGUACAUAAAGGAAGUUGCCCCCGGAGUUAAAUUGAUCGGAGUAGAAGCCGAAGGUGCUAACCUUUUGGAGUCGUCGUUAAAGGCGGGCUCACCUGUAACGUUGCCAAGUGUGAAUCGCUUUACAGAGGAAGUUGGUAUACGAACAGUCGGCCUCGAAAAUUUCCGGUUAUGCAAGGACGUGGUUGACGAAGUCAUCACCGUAUCAACUGAUGAAAUUUGCAUUGCUAUAAAAGACGUGUUUGGUGACACGCGUUCACUCGUGGAGCCUACGGGUGCAAUCAGUGUUGCUGGCGCCAAGAAGUACGCUCACAAAAAAAAUGCUCAAAGUGAAAAAUAUGUGGCUGUAUUGGCUGCCGCUAAUCUGGAUUUCGACCGGUUGCGCUUCAUUUCGGAGCGCUCAGACGAUCGUGAGCGCUUUAUGGCCGUCAAAAUUCCUGAAAAAAUUGGAAGCUUUCAGGACCUCUACAAUGUUAUCUUUCCUUUCAAUGUGACAGAAUUUACUUAUCGUAUGGAUUCAGAGAGCGAUAAUGAAGCUCGGAUCUGCCUAAGUAUCCAGACGAAGACAGAAUGCGAAUUUGUUGGCGUCAUAAAAGCAAUCAACGCACGCGGUGAUAUGCGCGCUUGUGAUCUAGCUUCCAACGAACUGGCCAAGUUGCACCUUCGGCAUCUCGGUGGUGGUCGCCCUGAGAAUGUUACUAACGAGCGGCUGUUUCGCAUCGAGUUUCCGGAGCGCCCUGGUGCUCUAAAGGACUUUCUCGAGGCUUUAGGCAAAUCAGAGCGUCAGUGGAAUGUGAGCCUGUUUCAUUACCGAAACCACGGUGCCGAUAUUGGUCGUGUGCUCGUGGGCUUUCAGGUACCUAAGCAGGACAACGUAGCUUUUGAAGGGUUCCUGAACCAGUUAAGCUUUCGCAGCGUAGAGGAGACUAAUAAUGAGGCUUACUCGAACUUCCUAGUGUAA